AUGAUGAAAUCCUUCUUCCGCCGUUAUCAACUUUUUAUCGUUAACAUCGUAUCUGCAUCAGGACUUCUUGCUACCAGUGAUCUCUUCGUACAAAUUCUAUAUGAAAAACGAGAAACUAUAGAUAAAAAGCGUUUUCUAGCCGCUUUGGGUACAGGAGCGGUGAUGGGCGUUGAAGGUCAUAUCUGGUACUCAUAUAUCGAUCGCGUGAUGGCUCAACGAACAUGGCGUGAUGUAUUCAAAAAAGUAGCUAUUGAUCAAACUAUUGGCGCACCAUUUUAUGCACUCACCUAUAUUGUUGGAACUUCUAUUCUCGAAGAUAGAACGUCAUCUGCCGAAUUAACCAGUGAUAUCCGAAAGAAUUUCUUUCCGCUUUAUCUCGCCGAUUGUUUGAUAUUUGCACCGAUUCAGUUGAUAAAUUUUAAAUAUGUUCCAGCAUUCUACCGUGUUCCAUUUUUGUCACUGGCUGCAUUUGUCUUCGAUGCAUUUAUUAGUGCCUACAAACAUGAAGAGAAACCAAUGACAGUUCCUGAACAAGCUUAA